AAUAAAUUGAGAAACCUUACCAUUAAGAUAUACUUGUACAGAACAUCGGCAAUGGCAAGUGGCGAGCAUUAUGAACCUUACGAGCAACUCGCCCCGGCAUUAUUGCGAAGCGAGCUCCGGGGCAAAGUUGCGCUUGUGACUGGUGGUGGUUACGGUAUCGGCCGUAGCAUCGCUCAGUCAUUCGCGGAAGCGGGCGUUGCUCGGAUUAUCUUGAUUGGACGAACUGAAACCAAACUCAAGGACACUGCCAAUGAUUUAUCCGCAUCAUUUCAAGAAAUCGACGUUGUCACUAUGGUUGCAGACAUUACUUCUAAAGAGGAUGUACAGCACAUUUUUGAAUCUUGCACCAAAUAUGCCCCCGACAUCUUGAUAAACAAUGCGGGCUAUCUAUCCACGCCGGCAGAGUUCCUCGAUGCCGACUUCGACGAUUACUGGAACUCGUUCAUGGUCAAUGUCUACGGGACCAUGCUCUUCACGCAAUCUUUCCUGCGCCAUCGCAAGGCCUAUGUUGAAGCGGCUGAAAACUCAGGGAAUACACCCUCGCCCGCAGUUGUCGUCACUGUGAACAGUAUGGGUGCCUUCCUCAGUAUGCCAAAAUUCUCCUCUUAUUGCUCCAACAAGCUUGCUCUGGCUCGUUGGACAGAGUUGCUCUCUAUCGAGAUUCCUGAAGAGUUCGCCCGUUUCGUCUCCGUUCAUCCAGGCGCUGUUGAUUCCAGCAUGGGCAACAAAUCUGGUAUGAUUGAUCAGAUCAAAUCUGGCGCUGCUCAGCUUAGCUUGACAAACCCAAAGUUAACCGGUGACUUUAUUGUCUGGUUAACAAGUAGGGAUGCAGAAUUCCUGAAUGGGCGUUUCGUAAGUGUCAAUACCGAUAUCGAGCUUCUGCUCUCGAAUAAAAAGGAGAUUAUUGAAAAGGGGAUGUAUUCGAUACGCCUUUCACAAUGAAGAGUUUC